AUGGGAAUCAAGAUUGACAUGUCAAAGGCUUUUGAUAGAGUGGAUUGGGAUUUCUUAAUCACAGCCAUGAAAGCCUUUGGUUUCAAUAAUAACUUUUGUAGCCUCAUUUAUCAAUGUGUGUCUACAACUUCCAUUGCAGUCUUACUCAAUGACUGUCCUGGUGAUUAUUUCAAGCCCACUAGGGGACUUAGGCAAGGAGACCCUCUAUCUCCUUACCUGUUCAUUAUUUGUAUGGAAAUUUUUUCUAGAUUACUUCUAGCUGGUGAAAAAGAACAACUCAUAAAUGGGGUUAAGAUAACUCCUAAGAAUGGCCCAAUUUCUCACAUAUUUUUUGCUGAUGCUUGCCUUCUGUUCAUUAGGGCUAACUUUAGAGAAUGUCACAAUCUUAUAUCUUUGCUUGAUUCUUUUGGCAAGGCUUCUGGACAGUUAAUUAAUUUUGACAAAUCUGGAUUUUUUUUCAGUAAAAAAGUCCAACCUAAACACCAGAGAAUGAUUAGAAAAAUACUGAAAAUUAAGAAAAUUAAUCCUCAAGAUUCUUACUUAGGAACCGCUCUUUUCAUAAGUAAAGCUAAAAUCAAACUCUUUAAGAGUUUGAUUGAGAAAAUGGAACACAAAAUCCAUGUUUGGAUGGGUAAACUCCUACCCCAAACUAGUAAGUUAAUCCUUAACAAAUCUUCUUUGGCAAGCAUGGCCAGCUACCAAAUGAGUUGCUUCAUUCUUCCAAAGAAAAUUACUAACAAAACUGAUUCCAUUCAGAGGGAUUUUUGGUGGGGCAAGGAAACAGAUUACAAGGGAUACUAUCCCAGAUCCUAUUCUUGUCUCUGUAAUCCAAAAAAUAAAGGAGGUCUAGGAUUUCGAAAUGCUCAUACUUUGAACCUAGCUAUGAUAACUAAGUUAUCUUGGAGAAUGUUAACAGAACCCAAUGCUCUUUGGGUAACACAAUUAAAGCCUAGAUAUUUCAGAAAUAGCUCUACUUUCAAAGCCAAAAUCCUCUCAACUAGCUCUUGGAUUUGGAAAUGCAUUAGCAAAGGCAUUCAUCUUAUUGAACAAUAUAUCAUUUGGGAAAUUGGAGAUGGCCUUAAUACUAAUAUUUGGACUGAUAGAUGGAUAACAAACUUAGAGUCCAAUCUAAGUAGCUUUAGAACAACAUGUAACUCUCACUUAACACUUGUGAAUGACCUGAUUGAUCCUCUCACUAAGAAGUGGAACUCAACCUUAAUCUUUAAUAUGUUUCCUGAUAAUAUUGCUAGGAAAAUUACAAAUACUAGGAUAUCCAUAGAUAAACUUGACACUCUUAGAUGGCUUCUCACAAAAUCUGGAGUUUUUUCAGUGAAAUCCAUGUACAAUAAACUCACUGAAAGAACAGUGAACCACUACAAUCUAGGACAACCAGAUUCAUUCUGGAAAAACUUAUGGGAUCUCAAUGUUUCACAAAGAAUUAAAAUCUUUAUCUGGAAAUGUCUGCAAGAUGCUCUAUCUACAAAUCUGAAACUUUCUGCCUUUAUGGAAGAUGUUCAACCCAAUUGCUCUUUUGGAUGCAAUAUGGUAGAAUCUGUAGAACAUUUGUUCAUAUCUUGCCCUUAUGCUAAAUCUGUAUGGGCUGAAGAACCUUUCCCUGUGACUCUUAACAUACACACUUCUACAUCUUUUUUUAGAUAUCUGCAAGGUUUUUCUUUAAUUGUAAGGGAUGAUGUAGGGGACUUCAAGACAGGCCGAGCAGGACCAUUCACAGCCUCUAUCCCUGAAGAAGCGGAAGCCUUAGGGUUGCUUCAAGGAGCGCAAUGUGCAACUGAGAAAGGAAUGGCAAAUUUUUCAGUGGAAGGAGACAGCAAAAACCUCUUUGAUUACCUGAAUGGAAGAGAAUCUCAACUGGAAUGGCAGAAUCAGUCUAUUUUGGAUGAAGCUAAAAACGUUUUCAAUUCCUGUCAAAAAUUUUUGGGUUUUAAUUUUGCUCCAAGAACGGCAAACAAUGUGGCAGAUAUAUUGGCAAAGGAAGCCAAAUCUUUUAACAAUGCUCUUAGCUGGGAAACUGUCCCCCCUUCUUAUAUUCUGUCUGCUUUAGAAGUAGAUAAAUCAAAUGCUAGAGUGCUUUCCAAUAACUCAACAUUCGAUGGCUCUACUCUCGGAAAUAUAAGGGUUACUAACUCCCUAAGUUAA